AUGGCAGAUAAAUUAACUCUCGAUAAACAAGCUAUGAAAGAUCCCGCUACAGCCCACCUUCGUAUAUAUGUUGGCGGCUUAACCGACGAUGCCAAUAUUGAUGAUUUAUACAAUCACUUUAUUGAGUAUGGACAAAUUGAUGGAAUAAUAAUCAACAGAAUUUUUGGCUUCGUUCAGUUUCAAGAAGAAUCUAGUGCUCAGGAAGCUAUUAAGAAAGCAAAUGGAAGUGUUUUACAAGGAAGAAAGAUAACUGUGAGAACUGCUCAGAGAAACGGACCAAAACGUGAAACAGAAGUAGUGACUAUACAGCCAGAUAUACCUCCUGCAGUUGCACUAACUGAUAACAUAAUUUCUAAUGAAGACACUCUUGAAGACCCAUAUGACAACUAUGGCAAUUAUGUUACAGAAAGGGAAAAUUUCAGAGAGGAUGAAUAUGAAGAGGGUUUCAAUAACAAGUGGAAUGAUCGAGAAGGUCGUGGAGGACCUCGAGGGAGGGCUCGUGCCCGCGGUCGUGGAAGGGGCGCCCCUGCCUUUCGAGAACGUUCACCGGGCCGAGGCAAAGGUGGAGAAUGGCCAGAGAGAAACUACGAUCGGUAUCCACAACCGGAUUACCCAAGGGCUUUACCAGUUCCAGAAAGAAAUGACUGUGAGAUUAUCGUAGUUUCAAAAGCACUCACUGAAUAUGCAGAAUAUAUAGAAGGAAGACUGAAAAGGCUAGGAAUAGUAGUUGAUUUACUAUUCCCCAUGGAGGAUGUUCCCAUAGGGAAAGUUCUAGGCAACAUAGCAUCCCGAGGCUGUUUAUAUGCUAUACUGGUGAUGCCUUUGAAUUUGGAAAACAGAUCAUUGACCCUGACCAUUCUUCAUGGUUUACCGCAAGAGCACCGCAACAUGCCAUUGGAAGACGCCCUACAAUUACUGUCACGUAAUUUCCAAGAGGUACAAAGAGGAGGGCCGUCAGGUCGCGAGGCCGUGUAUGCGUUGCUCGGGCAGCUGGCGGACGGCCGUAGUCUCACUGUGCUACAGUAUGACAAGGUCAUUGAGUAUUUACAGGAACGCCGAGAGCAACAGGUUAAGUUAGAAUUAGGGGAGCCACUAACCACAUCUAACACUAAGACUCAAGUGGAUCUCCAGCAAAGAAUAUUAAGUAUUCUGAAUGAUAAAAAACCCUUAGUAAAUGAACCGCCUCCUGCGCCACCAGUAGCGACUCCGCCAGUGAAGGAACCGCAAAACAAACUCCUCAACGACCCAACUGUCAGAAAAGCAUUAGACUCCAUAUUGCAAAAGUUUAUA